UGGGGGUCCUGGAGGGAGUUUCCAAAUCUUUCCCAAACCUUUUCCAAACCUUCCCCGCAGCGCUCAGUGGAACCCUGGCACCCCUGGGGCCACGAGGGGACCCCCACCACGGGGGUGGGGACUAAACUUGGCCGUGAGGGAGGUCCCCAAAGUUGUCCGUGGAUGUGGGAGGUGCUUCCCACUCUCCUGGCCCCACAGGUUCCCCCACCCGCCGGCAUCCACGGGACCCCCUCUGUUCCCAUCAUGCUGCUCCAGAGCUCCUGGGCUGUGCUGCUCCUCUGCGCCACUGCUGGGUUUUGGGGGUGGCUGGGCCUCGCUGCCCCCCCAGAGAAGGUCCCCAAGCCCCCUCCUCUGUCCCCCCAUCAUGUGCUGGGAGUACCCAGGGGUGCAUUUGGGGUGUCCAUGGGGAAAACCAGCAUUUCCCCAUCAUCACCUCCCAAAUAUCCACCUCAGGAGGAGCUCUGGGAGACCUGGAUGAGGUCAGCUCUGGAUGAGAUCCCCGUGGCCCAGCUCGUGCAGGACAUCGCCCACCGGAUGGGGAAUGGGAGCAGCCGUGGGGCUGCAGAGCUCCAGGGAGGACACCAGGUUGUCCCAUCCAACCUCCAUCAGGAGCAGGAAAGACCUCAGGAUGUUCAUCCCCAACCAGAGAGCAUCCUGGUCCUUCAGGAGGUGAUGGAGAAGCUGCAGAGGGUCAACCAGAGCCUGGAGCUGAUGCUGACAGCCUUGGAAAAUGCACAAAGCCGGCUGGAAAAGCACCUGGAGCACCUCAAAGCCAUCCCUGACCUGGAUGGUCAGAGCCAAAGUGUCAUCUCCUCCUGCAUCCCACACAGCUCAUACUUCACGCUCCUGGUUCUCCCACUGGUGCCAGCAUCAUUCCAGGCCACCUUUCUCCUCCUCUUCCUCGCUUCCAGCGCCCUCGGCAUCCCAGCAAUCUCCACUCUUCUGGUCCUGGCUGCAGCAGGGCAUUGGCUGCUGGCAUCCGGCUGCCGUGAUGCCAGAAGGAUCCGGACAGGGGUUCCCCGGGAAAAGGCUCGGUUCCGGCUCACCUCCACCCCGGAGAGGGAAUGCGAUAUGGAGCUGCUGCAAGAGGAGUUGGACAGGAUGGAGAUGAGCUGCCUGCAGAAUGAGAGGCGCCCAAAAGAGCCUUCACACCCGGAGCAGCCCCAAGAGGUGGCCAGGGACAUUCCCAAAUUCACAGGGCAGGUGUCACCUGACCCCGAUGGCCAGAGGACAACACCGAGCUCGUGUGGGGUGACACCAGAGCCGGUCAUGGAUGCUGGGAAGCUCCUGGAGCCCAAAGCCUGCAGCCCAAGGGCCAACACGUCCCCGUGCCAGGGCCUCACCAGGGCUGGGCAGCGGUGCCGGAAGAAAGCGAUUCCCGGGCUGGAAUUCUGCCACAUCCACACCACCAGCAGUAGCUCGGCCAUGGAUUCAUCCCCCCGUUUUUGACCCUCUACCCCCUCCCUGAGGUGUUUUAACCCUUUUUAUGGCUGUCCCAGAUCCUGGUGGAGAACAUGGACCCUAAGGAUGCCACUGGAUGUGGGUACAGGGCAGAUGUUCAUUAACCCACCAGUUUUAUACUAUUUGCAUAUAUUUUAAUAAAUGCCACAAUUACAGCUGGA